AUGGCAGAGAACAAAGAUAAAGACACCAAGCGCAGGACGAUUGUCUUCCUGCAUCCCGAUCUAGGCAUUGGCGGUGCAGAGCGCCUCGUCGUCGAUGCAGCUGUCGGUUUGCAGAACCGUGGACACAAGGUCGUCGUUUUCACAAGCCACUGCGACCCCAGCCACUGCUUUGAUGAAGCCCGCGAUGGAACUCUCGACGUUCGGGUCCGCGGAGACACCAUGGUGCCUUCCUCCGUUCUGUCGCGCUUCAGCAUCCUCUGUGCAAUCCUCCGACAGUUGCACUUGAUCAUCCAGAUCUACUUCACCUCUGAGCUGGCCGAGCUAGCACCUGAACUCUUCUUCGUUGACCAAUUGAGCGCCGGCCUGCCGCUUCUACAAUACCUCUACCCUCGCGGCCGCAUCUUCUUCUACUGCCACUUCCCCGACCUACUGCUCGCUCAAGGCCGCCAGAAAUGGUGGAAGCGCGCUUACCGUGUGCCCUUCGACUGGCUGGAGCAGUGGAGCAUGAGCUUUGCCGACGCAAUUGCCGUCAACUCCAACUUUACCAAGAGCAUCGUGACCAAGACGUGGCCCGGUCUGGCCGGCAAGAGGGAUCUAAAAACCGUGUACCCAUGUGUGGACACCAAGACCAAGAAGAGCACCGAAGUUGAGGAGGGGAGGCCGUUGUGGAGGGGCAAGAAAUUCUUACUGAGCAUCAACCGCUUCGAGCGCAAGAAGGAUGUGGCACUGGCCAUCAAGGCUUAUGCCGGGCUGAGCAAGGAAGCCAGAGAAGGUGUGCGCCUCGUUGUUGCCGGCGGAUACGACAACCGUGUGCCCGAAAAUGUGGCAUAUCACAACGAGCUGGUCGACUUGGCGAACUCCCUCGGUCUCAGCAGCAUGACUACGAAGACCAUCACUACUGCUCUGCAGGUUCCUGCUGAUAUUCAGGUUCUCUUCCUGCUUUCCGUACCCAAUCUACUGAAGGAGAUGCUGCUCAGCGCAACGCAACUACUCGUCUACACACCGGCCAACGAACACUUUGGUAUCGUGCCUCUGGAGGCUAUGCUCGCGGGUGUUCCCGUAUUGGCAGCUGACACGGGGGGUCCGACCGAAACUGUGCUUGAGGGCGAGACGGGCUGGCUCAGGUCGCCGAACAAUGUAGACGAUUGGACGGAAGUCAUGGAUAAAGUCCUCAAUGACUUGUCCGAGGACGAUAUGGCACGGAUGUCCAAGGCUGGGGUUUCCCGGGUCAAGAACAACUUUGGCGACGUGCAGAUGGCGAAGCGGAUAGACGACAUCUGUGACGACAUGCUGAAGAUCAGGACUAAACCGGGCUCCUAUGCCCCAAUUCUGGUUGGCAUUGGCCUCGUCGGUGCUGUUUUCAGUACUGUUCUUGCUGUAUGUAUGAGUCGAUAA